AUGUCCCAAGCCCAAGUCGCGUGCUGCACCUGCGCAUCCUUACUCGCUGCUCUGCCUCGCGUGUGCUCUACCUCCGAGAAGCCCCUACCCGACGACAGGCGACUACAGUGCUGCGGCCGUACAAUCUGCGGAGCAUGCAUCCGUAAAAACAACCGCUUCCGAAGCUACUGUCCCUACUGCCAAACCUCUGCCGAACCCCGACUGAAGCGCCGGCCGGAUACCCGGCGAGGGCGAGAUGCGGAAGGGUCUGGAGCGGGAGGUUCGGAUAUAGACCUGGAUAGUGAGUCCGAAACGGACAACGACCCACCUCCGUACUCCGCCAUUGCCCAAGCAGUCAACAUCAAAUUCAACCCCACCGAGUCCGCACGGCCACCGCCCCCAUAUACCCCGGCUUUAUCGACGUCACAACAACUCGGGAGCCCCAAAGAUCAACACUCGUCUUCGCCCUCCUCCUCCUCCUCCUCCUCCUCCUCCUCCUCAACGCCUUCCCCGGCCCCCUACACAGUCCACCACCUGCGUCAUCCACCCCAUCCAACACCCGAUUCCCUCCUCUCCCUCUCCCUGCAAUACGGUAUCCCGCCCGCCGUGCUCCGCCAGCACAACCGCCUACCCGCCGACGCCGACUACCUCCUAGCCGCACGCCACACCUUACUCAUCCCCACAGCCCACAUCACCACCAACCCCAAGUCCAGCGCUGCACCACCCGGAACUACUAGUAGUAAUAGUAGCAACAGCCAAGAAACAGCCAGCCUCUCGCCGCGCCCCAUCGAAGAUGCAGCCGAGCGCGAGCGCAAAAUUGCCAUCCGCCGGUUCAUGGUCGCCUGCAAAGAGGCCGACUAUGACACGGCCGUCGUGUAUCUCGAAGAAACGGGCUUCGAUUUCGCGCUGGCUGUGCAGCGGCAUCGGGAGGAUGCGGAGUGGGAAGCGCGGAAUCCAGUGAGGGUGGGUCCUUCCUCCUCGGCUGCAGGGGCUAGGGGGAAAUAUUAUAGGGGGAGGGUAGCGAGGGUUGAUAAGGGGAAGGGGAUGGUAGUGACUGGGAAAGGGGAUGCGGGAGAUGUGAAUAAAGUUGGCGAAGCGAAGUCAACCCCCGGGACAGGAGGAGGAGGGGGGUUUCUGGGAUGGUGGAGAGGGUGA